CGAAAUUUGGCGCCAUUGAAGCAUUUUAAAGUGUAGCUUAAGCUAGCAAGACGUUAAAAGCCAUUUAAAUCAGUUUUAUAUACGUUUAGAUAUUACCGGUAACCCACAACUGGUAAAAUGGGGGAUUAUAAUUACAGUGGAACACCGCAUCGUUCAGCUCUCUUGUUCUUUAGCCUUCUUAUAUGUCUUAGCGGCGGUGCUAUCUUGGGCGCUGCAGUUUGGGCCGCUGUAACAAUUGCAGCUUUUCCAAAUAUCCUUGGUACUUCUGCUGGGAUAUUCGCUUCUGUGUACAUCAUGAUCGCAGUCGGUUCAAUUUUGUUUCUUGGAUCAAUGUUUGGAUGUUUGAGUAUUGUAGUCGAGAAAAAGAACAUGGUACUUGGGUAUGCGGCUAUUCUCGCUCUUGUCUUUCUGCUACAACUCGUGGGAUCAGUUUUGGCUUUCGUGUACUAUCCUAUAGCACGUGACGCUGCCCAUUCAAGCAUCGAAUUCUACAAUACGGAUCUGCAAGUGGAAAGGGGCUGGGAUAGUAUUCAAGGAGUGCUUGAAUGCUGUGGCAUGAACUAUUACACGGACUGGAAACAGCGUGUUGGGACCACCGCUCAACCGAAUGAAGUUUUCCCGAAACUGCCAAGUUCUUGUUGCUCCGAUAAAGUGCAGACGUGCAGCGAGAACUCUGCAACUAACUUUAGAAUUGGUUGCAACCCGAAACUGCAGUCUUUCUUCGUUAUAAUAGGCGGCAUUGGAUUCGGCGUGCUGGUUAUCGAAAUUCUAACAGUGGCUGUGCUUGCAUCUGCAUUACGAGGAAUGUGAUGCAAGAUAUUUGCAAUCAAGAAAUGACAUACAAUUAAAGAAACGGGGCUUUAUGAAAAAAUACGAAGUUUUUUUAUAGCACACUUGCCGUCUUUAAAAUGUAAAUAAUUGAAGCAGUAGUCCGCGCCAGCAGAGUUGUACAGUUUUAAAAUUUUAAUAUAAUUUUCACUUUUGUUUAUAAGAAAACUGAUUACGUAAAAUAAAUAGGAUUUCAAGCUUUUCUGCC